UCUUCUUCGCGGUGGACAUAUUGUCGGCGCUUUUGGGGCGUCGGGUGGGUUCCUAGUGGACAGAAGGCCCAGGAGCUGACGCUGUCUGUACUGCAGAAAGGCUUGGCCGUGGCGGCGCCCACGAAGGCCUCCGCUCCACCACCAACAGGUGACGGCCGUGCCGGGUCGCCACUUGGUACUGUCCACAGGCCGUGAUGGCACUGGCCUCAGGGAUGGACCGAGCCUAGGAGAACUGGGUUUUUGGAUGUGGAUGGUGAGCAGAAGAGGCUGAGAAAUCAUAAAGAUUGAAGAGUCCUCAACUGAGAUGUCAAAGUUGGUUAUAGAAGUAACUUUCAGAGCUAAUAGUUGGGAGUGUAGUUUUGGCUAAGUUGAAUCUGGUAUCAAAAUACCUAAGUGGAGGUGUCAAGGGAACACAGAAGUCUGAAGUUCAGGGAAGGAAUUUAAGUUGGAGACAUUCUCAAGGUGCCAGCCAGUAUGUGGAUCAGGUUCUCUUUUGUUGCUGAGUGGUAGCAAGGGAAAGAACUCUGGGUGCCUGAGAGGGCAUGACUCUUGCCACAGCAGAAGGGGCUUGGACAGGCUCGGGUUGUCAACAAGAAGUGAAGGAUGAAGAGGCACCUUCUACACAGAACAUUUCUGUAGAAGUGACACGUGUUAGUGCUUCUAAGACAGGCUCGUCCAUCCAGAUAGCUCACCCUUGUGAUUUAUGUGGCCCUGUCUUGAAUGAUAUUUUAUGCCUGGAUGAACACCAGAGAGCACACCACAAGCUGAGACCUUACAUAUGUGGGGCAUGUGGCAGACAAUUCUGGUUCAGUGCAAACUUUGACCAGUACAAGAAGCAUUACAGUGUAGAGAAACAUUUACAGAGGGGUGAAAGCAAGGUCGUCUUUGUGAAGAACAGAAGAGUUUGUGAAGAGCCUCAUCUGUCAGAGAAGCCUCUCACAUGUGAUGAGGAACAGAAGAAAUCCCAGGCUAGUUUGAGUGCUCACCAGCAAAAGGCCACUCAUAGAAAGAGGAAGACAUCCAGGAGCACUGGGAGCGGGGAGGCCUUUGAUGCAGGACAAAUGCACUACCAGUGCAGUGAGUGUGGGAAAGCUUUUGGCCGCAAGGACACACUUAUCCAGCACCAGAGAAUUCAUAGUGGAGAAAAGCCUUACAAGUGUAGUGAGUGUGGGAAAGCCUUCAGCCGCAAAGCCACACUUGUGCAGCACCAGAGGAUCCAUACUGGAGAGAGGCCUUACGAAUGCAGUGAAUGUGGGAAAGCCUUCAGUCGAAAAGACAACCUCACUCAGCACAAGAGAAUCCAUACUGGAGAAAUGCCUUACAAGUGUGGCGAGUGUGGGAAGUACUUCAGUCAUCACUCCAAUUUAACUGUGCACCAGAGAGUUCACAAUGGAGCAAGGCCUUACAAGUGUAGCGAUUGUGGGAAAGUCUUCAGACACAAAUCCACACUUGUUCAGCAUGAGAGUAUUCACACUGGAGAAAAUCCUUACGAUUGCAAUGAUUGUGGGAAGUCCUUUGGCCACAAAUACACCCUUAUUAAGCAUCAGAGAAUUCACACUGAGACAAAGCCUUUUGAGUGCAUUGAAUGUGGGAAAUUCUUUAGCCGGAGCUCUGACUUUAUUGCACAUCAGAGAGUUCACACUGGUGAAAGGCCUUUUGUAUGCAGCAAAUGUGGGAAAGACUUCAUCAGAACCUCCCACCUUGUUCGGCAUCAAAGGGUUCACACUGGAGAAAGGCCAUAUGAGUGCAGUGAAUGUGGAAAAGCCUACAGCUUAAGCUCCCACCUCAUUCGGCACCAGAAAAUUCAUACAGCAGGAAGGCUUUAGGAGUGCUUUUAACACAGCAGGACAUUUCUAGCAGAUGUAGAACCUCAUAUAUGUCAACAUCCAUGCAGAGAGAGAUACCAUAUGAGUGCCAGGUAACAUGGAAAGCCUUCAGGAAUUAUAUUGCACAUUCUGACCUCAAGUUCCUUGCUAGAGUAAUGUCACUGUCAUUAUCCGUGGCUGAAGCCACAGGUCACUCCCACACCCUCAGGGAAGGUGAGACUUUGUAUUUUGUCUCCAACACCUGGAAGGAAUCAUGGGACACCUGAGAACAAUGUGGGGGUGGGGGGAAGGGUCCUCAUUCCAUCCUCUCUGGUAUAGGUGUGGAAAUGACCCAUCUUCAGCCAAGAGGACCUGAGCUGUGUUCUGCUGGUGACUUGCAGACCAGAUACACUUUCUACGAGGACUUCACAUGAUACUUGGGAUGGAUUUUUUCCAGCCUCCAAGUCACUCAGUCUGGAAAAGUACUUACCUCAUGCUGCUGUGGUUUGUGAUAAUAAAGGCCUUAAUAAGCCACAUAGAAUCUUGAGGGUUCUUUCACUGGAGUGAUUGGAAACAAAAUUAGGCCCUGUCCAACUGGAAAGAUAAAACAGCAUUGUGGGGGCCUCCCAGUGUGCCUCAGUGGGACAAUGGAUUGGGGGAGAAGAGUUCUGAGUCCAGGUCUCUUAUCUCCAUUGCUGACUUGUUAGCUUCUUAGGUAAGAAUUCAGAUCUUUCUGGGGCUGAUUUGCCUGGAUUGGAAUUAUUUGUGGGCCCAUUCGUCACCUUGAAGAGGAUGUUGCUUUAUUACAACCUACGGUAUAUUUGGGAGCAGCAUAGAUGGGGUGUCUUGUUAGUGUAUGUCCCGUGUUUCCCAUGAUUUCUUAGAGGAAGCUGUCCCCAAGGACCUGCUAAGUUGUUGUGUUCCCUAAGGACAGAAGCUCCUUCUUUAGGUCACCAAUGAAAGUGCCCAGGAGAGAAACAUAACUGAUAGAGACACUGAGUGUGAAUUAUAGGGAUUGGGAAGACUGCAGUAAGCUAUUAGGGGAAGUGCCCAUUGUCAAAACACUAGUCACUAUGGCUUUAUGGAAUUGGGGUGAGCAGAAAUUCUGUUCCCAAUGCUAUAUCAUUCACUGUCAGAAUCACAGGUACUGGAAACAAUGUAGGUUUCCUGAUUCCUAUGCCUUCCUGGAAUCUGUACCUGAUGUCUUUGCUGUGAGUAGAGAAAGAUUGUGGUCUAAAGAUGUAGCUUUUAUGACCACCCAGUGUUCUUGGUGACUUUAUCCGAUUUUUUUUUUUUUUUUUUUUUUUUUUGCCAGUUUUACUACAGAGAAAGAGACUAACCUCCCAAGGCGUCUGGAGUGAAAUGGUAGAGGUAAUAACCAAUCAUCUGGUUUUCCAAUAGAAGUGGGAGACCAGAUUUUGAAGUAUAAUCAGUGUAGAAUAUAAUGCACAGAAAGUAUAGUUUAGUAAGUCUUGACAUCUAUAGAUAUCUGUGAAACCAUUGUUUUAGCAAUGAUGUUGGACAUACCCAUUGCCCUCAAAGUUAACUUGUAACUUACAGCCCCUCAAUCUCUCUUUGUGUCCUUUCUAACAUCCCCUAAUCUCUAGGCCACUGUUGAUUAUUCUUCACCAUAGAUAAAUUUCUCUUUUCUAGAGUUUUAUGUAUGUGUAACUGAAGUAUAUUUUUUGCCUUUUUCAUGCAACAUAAUUGAGAUUUGUGUUGUAUGAAUAGUUCAUGUUUUAAGUAUUUUGUAUGACUACAUCACAACUUAUCUGUGUUCAUCUUAGUUGGCUUUUGGAGUCUUCCCCCAAAUUUUUAAAUGUUAAAAGGAGAGCUGCAGCAGCAAAUAUUCAUGUGUGAGUUGCAUAUUUAGCUGAGGACAAUUUAAACAAGAAUAUUGAAAAAUCUGACCAUUUCUUAUGGAUUCUAGUAAAGUGUGAUAGAUAGGAAAGUACUGUGAAGCAGAAAAGACCCAAGACUGAGAAAUUCUCAGUCUCCUAACUGGAAAAAUAAAAAAUAAAAAAUUUACUGUCAGGAAAGUAUGUUCUAAAGAAAUAGGGUAGGACUGCACAUUUUCCUACUAUCUCAGAUCAAAAGAUCAUAGUAUUCUGUUACACAACUGUUCAGAGAGACCGUGACCAUAUUGAGGUCCCCUCAGUACGGUCUGAGAGUAUGUGGUAUGUUUAAAGACGUCCUUCAGUCAUAUCAGCAAAAGCUAAUAAUAGGUACAAGAUUUUCUGAGAAAAAAAAUGUGCAGAAAAAAAAUCUGUCUAGUGGGGUGAAUCCCUGUUGCAUACUGAUAGAGACUGUCACCAUUGAUCUAAAGGGAGGAUUAGUAUGAAAUUCAAGAGUGUAGGGCUUUCAGCAUUCUGUAUAUAAAAAGUGGCUGAGAAAUCUGAUCCGUAAAACCCUUAACUACCUUUCCUAAAAAAGGAGUAUGAUACAAAGCUAUGAGCACAAGAGGGAAAACUGAUUCAUGGACAUUCCCAGGCUGUGAUACUUCAUGGACUUUGCCAAGAUAAGUUUCAGAACUGGGGGUGGGGUUUCCUUUCCUUCUUCCUCUUCCUUUUUCUGUCCUUUUAAAACUACAUGCAAGAGUCUUCAGAAAAUACAUGGAAAAUAUGUACAUGAAAACUGCAUGGUUCUCAAAAAUGUU